AUCAAAGUAGACCCGUAAAUAUCGAAAGAUUAUCGAAUAUUAUACUUAAAUUAUUAAUAUGUCAAUUCUAUAACCACCUAAUGACCCAUAUAACUAUUAUAUGGUCUACCAAAAGUAAGUCAUGUACUUCCCAAAUAUUAAAGAGGGAUUUAGAUAUAAAUUUAUAAUAUAUAUAAGCAUUAUACCUUUUUAUCAUUAUUUAAUUAGAGAAAAUGUAGUACCCACUUACUUGUUUAGGACAAUUAGGUUUUUGAAAAAUUAAGGUUAGGUAAGAUGUAUUAUUCUAUGUUGUACAACGUGGUGACCAAUUCCUAAUAAUUGUAAGGUGAUAAAUUUGAGAACACAAUUGGAUCACUACAAGAAAGUGGGGAGAUUGUGGAGGACAAGAUUUGGAAAAGAAGAAAGCAAGAGGAGAAUCUCAAGAGCUGUCUAUUUGAUAAGCGUUGGGAGCAAUGACUACUCAAGCCUUUUCCUGACCAAUCAAUCUCUUUCCAUUUCAAUGUCUCAACAUGUUGACAUUGUCAUUGGUAAUCUGACUACAUUCAUUCAUGAUAUAUACAAGAUUGGAGGACGUAAAUUUGGGUUCUUGAAUGUGCCGGACUUGGGUUGUUUUCCGGCUUUACGGAUACUACAACCAAAGAGUGAUUAUUGCUUAAGAGAUGCUUCAAGAUUAGCAAACAUGCAUAACAAAGCUCUGAGUAAUCUCCUGUUUAAGAUGCAAAGACAAGUGAAGGGCUUCAAGUUCUCCCUCUUUGACAUGAACAAAAGCCUUCGACUCAGAAUGCAACACCCUUCUAACUUUGGGUUUAAAGAAGGGGAAGAAGCAUGUUGUGGAACUGGGAAGUUGAGAGGAGUAUUCAGCUGUGGAGGCAAGAGAAUUGUGAAAGAAUAUAAACUGUGUGGAAACCCUAAAGAUUAUAUCUUUUGGGAUUCACUUCACCUCACACAAAAUACUUAUAACCAGUUUGCAAAUUUAAUUUGGAACGGUGGGCACAUGUCAGAUUCUCUAGUGGUUGGCCCAUACAAUAUCAAUAAGUUAUUUCAGAUUCCUUGAUUUGAAUGUAUUACACUAUAUAAUACACAUGAUUGUGUUUAUUUGAUACAAACAUUUUCGUUCAUUUCUAGAUCUAAGACUUUAAAAUAAUGUGAUGUCAUGUUUUCCGCUGC